AUGAAUGAAGGACUUAUGGCUGAAGUCUCAGACGCAGAGAUCAAAACUGCUUUGUUCUCUAUUGGUCCAACGCGAGCUCCCGGCCCUGAUGGAUUUAACGCAGCCUUUUACCAACACUUUUGGACGAUCGUAGGACCAGCCAUUGCUACGGAAGUCCGACAUUUUUUCAAAACUGGUAUAAUGCAGAAUGAGUGGAACCACACUAAUUUGUGCCUUAUUCCAAAGAUAACAGAGCCUAAGGCUAUGAAAGACCUCCGACCCAUCAGCCUCUGCAACGUUACAUAUAAGAUCAUCUCGAAAAUCUUGACCAAACGUCUCAAAAGUGUUCUACCCAAUGUUGUUUCUGAAAGUCAAGCUGCUUUCAUCCCAGGACGUUAUAUUACUGACAAUGUGUUGAUUGCUCAUGAAGUGCUUCAUUCUCUACGAGUUCGUAAGCGAUGUGCAACAUCCUACAUGGCGGUCAAAACAGAUAUUAGCAAAGCCUAUGACCGCAUUGAAUGGAGCUUUCUGGAAGAGGUGUUGAUACAUAAAGGAUUUCAUACAACCUGGAUCAAAUGGAUAAUGUCUUGUGUUCGAUCAGUCUCUUUCUCUGUUAUAAUAAAUGGAAGCCCAUAUGGCUCUUUUCGACCAACACGCGGCAUACGUCAAGCCACAAGAGAAGGGAGAAUCCAGGGUAUUCAAAUAAGUAACGGAGGACCUAGGGUCUCACAUCUCUUCUUCGCUGAUGAUUCCUUAUUCUUCGUGAAAGCGGACCACCGUAACAGCUCAACUCUUCUUAAGAUCUUUAAAGAAUAUGAGGACGCUUCUGGACAGAUGAUCAAUCUUGAAAAGUCGUCAAUCACCUUUGGAAACAGAGUCUAUCACCAUAACCAAGGAAGAAUUAAGCAGACACUAUUGAUACCAAAUAGUGGAGGUGGCGAGUUAGACAGUCUAAUAGCUAACUUUUGGUGGGGCUCCACAAAAAACAAAAGAAAACUCUCAUGGAUAGCAUGGAAAAAAUUGAUCACAUCGAAGCAAGAGGGUGGCCUAGGAUUUCGGGCCUUCCACUCCUUUAACCAAGCACUUCUAGCUAAUCAGAUUGAUGAUGAGUAUCUAUGGAGCUGCACGACGGAUGGCCAUUACACUGUGAAAUCUGGCUAUUGGAAAGCCCUUGACCUCGCCAAAACUGAUGAUACACCAAAGGCACCCCUGGCUACAAGACCAUAUAUUGCUAAAAGCAUUUGGAAUCUAGACAUUGCUCCUAAACUUAAGCACUUUCUUUGGCGUAUUGCUUCUGGAGCAAUUGGUGUUGCGGAGAACCUUAGACGAAGAAACAUAAUGAUAAACCCAUAUUGUUCAAGCUGUUGUUAUGAGGAAGAGACAAGCGAACAUAUCCUCUUCUCAUGUCCUAACAUCGCACCAUUGUGGAGAUCUACUGGUAUACCUACUCCUAUCUUAAGGGACUCAAAUGUCUCACUUGAGGAAAAACUACGAUACUUGUUCCACCUUCACCAGGAUACACGUAUCCCCAAACUUGAUCGGUAUACCCCAUUUUGGCUGAUGUGGCAUAUAUGGAAAAGCAGGAACUCAAUGGUUUUCAACAAGAAACAGAUUGAUCAGAAUGAUACAAAAACACAAGCUUUCACAGAUACAAAAGAAUGGUUGAACAAUACAGAGAAGCUGGAACAAUAUCAGGGGAACCAACAGGUACCUUCACGACAUGGAAAAUGGAAACCACCAGAUCAAAGAUGGGUGAAAUGCAACUUCGACGCUUCCCAUCAUGAAGGUAACAGGGACUCGGGACUGGGAUGA